GUGGGCAGUGAGCGGGGAGCGAGUGGAGAGGCAGCAAGUAGAGUUAUCGGGAGCCAAGCGGAAUCGCAGCGAGUCAGUGAGCAGGCGAAGCCGAUUGCACAUGGACACCCUGCAGCCAUCGCUGACCUGAGCCUUUGGAGGACUUCCGUCCCAGAGAGAGACAUCUCCACGGGGGAACAGGAACAGCAGUGAGAAGCAGAGUAAAGCUUACGGCAACCACAGGAGUUGAGAGACGGUGCCGAGCCGUCAUAGGGAUCCAGCGGGAGUGAUCUGGAAAAGAAAGGUACAAUCCUGAGAGAGGGAUACAUUCCUGUGGAAAAGGAUAAAUUCCUGCCUUAAUCCAAAGAGACAGAAAAAAAGGAUACGAUUCAGAGAGGGAUAUAACUGUGAGGAUACAAUCCAAACACACAGUAUCGAGAGAGUGAGCCAGUCAUUCCUGAGAGAUCCGCUCAUUUCCCGGAGAUCACCUUCUGACUUGCCUCACCUCAGUCUGGAGAAUGGCUAAAUGGGACUCGCUGUGGAAAUAUUACUGGGGAGUUAUAUUCGCGCUGUGCAGGAGUGCUCUACCAUUAGCCAAGAGUUUGGACACUGUCGCCUGGCAUUCCCAAAACGCAAAAUUUCAAGCUGGGAAAGGCCUGGUGUUGUACCCAGAGAUCGGCGACAAGCUGGAUAUAAUCUGUCCGAAAAUGAACAAUCCAGACCAGUAUGAAUAUUACAAGCUAUACCUGGUGACCGAGGCACAGGCAGAGGCAUGCAGCACUGUCAUCAACCCCCAGUUGCUUGUUGCGUGUAACAAACCUGAUAAGGAAAUAAAAUUCACUAUCAAAUUCCAGGAGUUUAGCCCCAACUACAUGGGGCUAGAGUUCGCUAGAAACCGGGAUUACUUCAUCAUCUCUACUUCCAAUGGGUCAUACGAAGGUUUGGAGAACAGAAACGGUGGAGUAUGCAAAACUCGAUCCAUGAAGAUAGUUAUGAAAGUUGGACAAGAUCCAAACACAAGACCAACGCUGAAAGAAAAGAAUCCUACAAGAGCACCAGGUAAAGGUCAGGACAUCACAGUGAAGAGCGUUAUCUCCCUCUGGAAAGAGCCAUCUUCAGAAGAUAAAUCUGGGAACACAGCUACUGAUAGUCAGAUAAAAGACAAGCUGAACAAGAAUGAGGGAAUCUUUGGCUCCAAAAUAGCCCUCUUUGCUGCGAUUGGAGCAGGCUGCAUCAUUUUUAUCCUCAUCAUUAUCUUCCUUGUGGUCCUCUUAAUAAAAUUCAGAAAGCGACACAGGAAGAGUUCCCAGCAGAGAUCAGCAGUCCUUUCCCUCAACACACUGGCCAGCCCAAAGUGUAGUGGAAAUAGUGGCUCGGAACCCAGUGACAUCAUAAUCCCGCUGAGGACUAAUGAUAACAACUACUGUCCUCACUAUGAGAAAGUUAGCGGUGACUACGGCCAUCCAGUGUACAUUGUUCAAGAGAUGCCUCCACAGAGCCCUGCAAACAUCUACUACAAGGUUUGACAGCCACGAAAAUUAUGUCAUACCCGCCAAGCCACAUAAGUUACUACAUCCAAAGAACCACAGAUCCUGAUUAAUCAAAUGAAUGGACUGCUGAUGUUAGGAACUAUGUAAGCCUUCAAACACUGAGUUUCAGGCCUCUGGAUUAUGCUAUGUUCUAUUUAUUUUAUUGUUUGUUGCGAGUGGUCGGUUGGCUUUCCUGAUAGCUGCAUACUCUCAUCUCUGGUAUCAUCCUUGUAAAGUUUUUCUACAUUUUCUCCAGUGCUUCAAUAUCCUCAGUAGAAGGGAGAUCAGAACCAUACAUAGUAUUGGAAGUGUGGUCUAACCAAGGUUCUAUAUAAAUUUAACAUUAUCUUUCUGCUUUUGUAUUCUGUUUCUCUAAAAAUAAACCACAGUAAAUUUGUUUGCAUCUUUUUGACCUGAUCGUAGAAAAAAAAAAUCAUACAAUAUAGGAGGCCAUUCAGCAAAUUAUGUUCAUCUUCCUUUACUUUUGCGCAAUUCUCCACAUUCUUUACCACACCACCCAAUUUGCAAUAUUUGGCAUUUUACCUUAUGGAAUCCAAAUCACUUCCAUUAUUCCUAUUGAUGUAAUGUUUCUGCAUUGAAUUGACCUCCUGCAGAGUGCACGUGCACUGAGCUGUGACAUUUUUAGAAAACCUGGUCUUUAGGCAAAUCCAGCGGAGGUAUGUUGAUGGAGUUGAGUUGUGGCUGGAGAAGGGAGGAUCACGGUGUGCUAAUUAUUGCUUUUUAUGUGAGGGGGUAAGAGACCCACUGGUUGUUGUGUAGCAGCAUUGCAAUAUGCAAAAGCAAAUCUUCAUGAACACAUUUACACUGUCACUAUACAUAGAAACUACAGGAAUUCUUAUCAAUGCUGUUUAGAUCAGAACAAAGAAAGGUACAUAUGGAGAGAGAUGCAUACAUGUGAAACAGGGGAUAAUGUUGCGUGAAUUCCACAUUGUUUAAGAAAAAUCCAAACACCAAUCUCUAUCAAUCAGCCACACUUCACCCUGCUUCUGAGUCUAAACCUCACUGUUCUUCUGUUUUAAAUAUUAAUAAAAUAUUGUAUUGAAUUUUGA